AUGCCCUCCCUAACAGUAGGAGUCUCCCAAUCCCGCACCCUCCCCACAACCCCGCAAACCCUCGCCGCCCUCGAACGAACCACCCAACUCGCCGCCCGCCGCGGUGUCCACCUCCUCCUCUUCCCAGAAGCCUAUCUGGGCGGAUACCCGCGCACAUGUUCCUUCGGCACGGCGGUGGGUAGUCGGGACCCGCGCGGGCGCGACCAGUUCCUGGCUUACUUCAAGGACGCGGUUGAUCUGGGCGAUACGCCUGCGGGGGCGGGAGAGGAGUGGGUUGAGAGACGCCUGGGUGUUGCGCAUGGCAAGGCACAGAGGGGGGAUGGGACUCGGGAGGUUUUGGAGAGGAUUGCGAAGGAGAGUGGUGUCUUUUUGGUUGUUGGGGUUGUGGAGAGGGCGGGUGGGAGUUUGUAUUGUUCUGUUGUUUAUGUUGAGCCUGCACGGGGGGUGUUGGGGAAGAGGAGGAAGGUUAUGCCGACUGGAUCCGAGCGUCUUAUUUGGGCUCAGGGUUCGCCGUCGACUCUUCGCGCUGUCACUACUACCUUGAAUGGGAUCCCGUUGACCCUCGCCGCGGCUAUAUGUUGGGAGAAUUACAUGCCACUCCUCCGACAGAGCUUAUACUCACAGAACGUCAACAUUUAUCUCGCUCCCACAGCAGAUGCCCGGGAUACAUGGUUAUCACUAAUGCGCACAGUCGGUCAAGAAGGCCGAUGUUUCGUGUUAUCCGCGAAUCAGUGCGUCCGCAGUAACGAGCUCCCAGACUGGAUCACGGGUCAAACAAAGGAAGGCGACUUCCCAGCAUCUGCUAAAACCGUUGCCUCGCCUUUGCAGAUACAGGCAACGACUAGCGGGCGAAAGUUGUCAAUUACCCCCGAGGGACCGCAUGAAAUAGCCUGGCCUCCAUGCUCGACACAGGAUACCCAGCCGGUAACUGAAACCACGACCUCAGUGUCAAAGCUCGACAUCUCCAGUUCGGAAUCCGAGUACGUCUGCCGGGGCGGGAGUUGCAUUAUCUCACCCCUGGGAGAAGUCCUCGCCGGACCAUUGUGGGAGGUUUGUACAGAUGAUACACCGGAUAGCGAGGAAGCAGGUGUUAGUACCGCGCCGCUGGGAACGUCUGCCAUUGGCACGUAUGGUGGGAAUAAUACCGUUGCGGCUGGUGAUGGAUUGGCGAUUGCCAAGAUUGAUUUGGAUGAUUGUGAGCGUGGGCGGUUGGAUUUGGAUGUUGCGGGGAGUUAUUCCAGGAGUGAUGCGUUUAAGUUUAGUGUUGAAGGAUUGGAUCUGAAUCCUCCGCCUGUUUGA